AUGGAUCGAACGGGAAGUUUUCGCGAACCACCAAAAGCUCGAAAAAUGCUCCGAAUGUCUAGGAAAAAUAAAACGCAAUUGAAUCUUUGUGAGUUUUUUUCACAUUUUUAAUGCAAAAUUGGUUCGUUGAACUUGUCUGUCAUUUAAUAUCAAAAGGGGUUGAAAUAGCGAAAAAAAAACAAUUUUUGUCGGAUUUCCCAGUGGAAUUUCGCAGUUUCAAAAAGCCACACAAAAUUGAUUCUUUCCGUUUGUUUUUUUUGUGCCAUCCGUGCAAAAAGAUUUUCUGUCCGAGUUAUCUAAGAGCUUGGCUAAUUGGAAACAAAAAUGUUUUAUCUUAUGUCACCUUUUCUAGAAUUGUUUUUCUUCUUCUUCUAGGAAAAAAAAUAUAAUGACAAAAAUAUGGAUUUGUCGUAAAAUUGCUAUUCAAAGGACAUUUUUUAUAUUUUUUGUCAUAUGUUAUUCUCAUAAAUAAGUAAAGUUUCUCCGAAAAAUAAUUCUUUUCAUUUUCAUUUUUUCUUGGGAGUUUUUGGCUCUGUUCGAAAGUAGGAGCUGUGCCUAGAGUACCUAGUUCUCUAAAACCCUUCAUUUGCUCUAAAACACUCUAACCCAUGUUUUUUGCAGUUCGAGAUAUGCCAAUGUUUCUGUCUCGACCAUCUUCAAGUUGUUCACUCGGUUAGUUCAUUUUUCUUAUUUUAUUUGUCACAACUCCACCUUUUUCUACUCAAAAGUACAACUCACAACAAUUAGUUUUGGCUGGGUAAAACUACUUUUAUUGAGAACAUUUUUUCCAGCUUUUUCUCACGAGAGUUUUUUUUUGGUUUUUCGAAAAAAAAAGUGUUUCUGAAAAAAAACUACUAGAAAACAUGGAAAUUGUAUUAUUCAGUUAGUAGAGUUAGUAGUUUUCCUCAACAUUUCAGUUUCCUGUUUUUAGAUACUGAAUUUUUUUGGCUUCAAAAUAUAUAUUUUCUUAAAAUGAAAAAAUAAUGUAUUUUUUCACCGGGACCACCCAUGAAGCCUGUGUUCUAAAAAAGAUAAAAAUGAAAUUUCAAAUCCUACUGUAUGCAAAAGUGUUUGCACACUAGACGUGGAGGCAAUUUUACAUUUUGAAAAAUAAGUUCUUUUCAUAUUUCACAAAAAGUUUUGGGAGAACCAAAAUAUUUGUCCAAACGCCUUUAAAAAUCCCACAGUCUAUGAAUAAUAAAAAAGAAAAUGUUCAAGACAAAUAUUUUAUUUGAAAUUCAGAAAUUUUCCAAUCAUGUUUAGAAUAUUCAAAACUUCAGGUAACUACCUUUUUUUCAAAAAUAUUUUCAGUUAUUUAUUUUCCGCUUUUUCUCACACAUUUUUUACACACAAAAUAAAAGCUAAUGAAUAGAAGAUGAUUUCCAAUUUCUUCUUUUCGUUUCCCGUUUUCGGUGUUUUUUCAUUUCCCCUAUCGUCAUUUUUUCCUCUUUUCGUUUUCCAAAAAAAAAAGUUUCUUGUCUGACAAUUUGGGGAAAAGCUAAAAGCUACUAGUCAUUUUUAGGCAGUCAACAUUACAUUUGUAAUAAAUCAAAAUACUAAUUCAGGUGGUUUUGUUGUGUUGGAGCAAAAAUAAAAUAAUUCUUUUAUUUUUUGCUUGGGCUUUCUUGAGCACUCACAAUAUUCACUGAUAAAAGAACAUUGUCGGAACCCUGGCACAAAUUUUGAAAAUUCGAAAAUUUGUUCUAGGGUUGCAAAAUAGCAUGAAAUUCAUUUGGUGGGUACCUAAAUUUGGGUUGGGCACCCAAAACUUUGUAUGAAUACCCCCACCCCAAAAUUAGGUCCCAAAGGUUCCCACAGGAUCAUUUUAGGUCCCCAAUUCUAAAUACAUUGUGAAUGUAAAUUUGAAAAAUAUAUUUAUAGAACGACUAUUUUUGCAGGUUUGUAUUUUAGAUUUACAAGAUUUGUAUAGUGUUUUUCUCUCCGUGUGUGUGCGUUUUUUUGAUAUUGAAUCCAAUAAUAGAAUUUCUUGUUAUUACAAUUUUCAAGACCUUCUUGAAAAUGACGUCUUUUUGUCAUCGAGCAACAAGCGUGAACUAAUUUUUCGUCAUUUCUUUUAUUUUUGGCCUCGAACGGAUAGCAAUUAUUCCUUGCUUCCCCCCCGCCAACUUUAUACUUUUGUCCUAUUUUUAAUUAAUAAUUAAUAACUCGACUUUUCCUCAUUUUUUGUUGCAUAAAUAAGAGAGCUUUGCGAAAUAGAAGUAACCUGAUAUUUUUCAACUCAAAUAAUUAAAGGCGUGGAAGAGAAAACACAGAAAUUCGGCCUCUUCGAUCUUUGUGAAAGUUUGGUUUUCUAGGCCAUAUCGGUUCUCUUCCAAGGCCUCUCUUUCAUCAGCAACAACAACAACAACAACAAACAGCCUAG